UAAUAUAGGCUAUAUUAGAAGAAUAUUUUGCUGUAGGUCGGUAAUGAUCUCUCACAAAUGCAGUACUGUAUCUAAACUGCACAUGAACCUGUAACUUAACUGUUUGGAUUCACUCCAAGGAUGUCGCACAGUUCCUCCCCAGAUCCCCUCACCCCCUCUCCUGCUCUAACUGUGCCGUCCCCUCCUUUGAUUUUGCCAUCCCUACAAUUUGAGUAGCUCUUGGCAGUGCUAAUGCCCAGAGGGGAACAAUACUGUAUGGCCCUAUCAGAAUAAGAAAAGAAGGUGGUUUCACCCUCGCCAUGAACUCUUUCAACAAUCACAAAAGGAGCACCCACUCACAAGCGAGUCAAAGAGUUCAUACGGCCGAAUGUGGGCUGCUGCUCAGGGAGCCCUGGAGAACCUUUUGGAGGAUGAGUAUCCAACAACGCAACCCCGUCCUCAAAAGGAUCGCCACCAGGUGUUUCAGACGCUGGCCACUUUCUACCUGCGCUACCUAAAGAUAUUUCGUGCCCUGGAAGAGGUUUAUGAUCAAAUUGUUCACCCACAGAAGAGAAGUGUGGUGCGCCAGGUUCUCCAGGGUGUGAUGGGAAGACUUGUAGAGCUGAAGAAUGAGAUGGUGGAGCUGGAGUACUCAGAGUUUCACUAUUUUGAUGACAUAUUGCAAGACUUCAAGAUGACACCUGAGGACCUUGAGGUGCCUAUUCCCCGUUAUUUUGUAAGGGAGAGAAUAAGGGCACUAAAAGAGAGAGAGAAAAUGCUGACUCAUAUUUUAACAUCAGGAGGACAUCAGGAAAAUUCAACAGCCACCGUUCAGGCCAUGUCUGUGGAGCGAGCCGUGUGGUUGCUGCAAGUCAGCGAGCGAGCUCGGCAGGGAAGGUUAAGAGCUCAUUUCAUGAAAAAGAUUCGGCAGGAAGAACAAAGACUGCAGAUGGAUAGUUCCAGCAUUGUGAACCCUGAUCUGGCAGCCACAUGCAUUCAGAAGGUGUGGCGAGGGUACCGAGACAGGAAGAGGGUCAACAAAGAACGUCUAGAAGAGAUGAUAUUUCUAGGAAUGAUACCAGCCCAGCAUCCGACACCCAGCCCUGCCCAUCUACGAGCCCAGCAGGUGAAAGGCAGCAGGCACAGGGUGCAAGAGGAACAUGAAGUUGAGUACCAGAAAGCCCUGGUCAGCAUCAAGGAGUCUGUGCAAACUGUGGACGGACCCGAUAUUAAGGAAACCCUGCAAGAACAAAUACGCCAGUGGUUUAUUGAGUGUCGAGAUGCAACAGGGAAGUUCCCUGAUUUUCCGAGUGCUGAAGAUGGAGGAUCUGCAUCCAUAUUUGCUCAGAAGACACCAGAACAGGUUGCUGCUGAACUCGCGGCUAAGGAAGAAGAGAGGGAGAAGAAGAAAAAGUUGAAGGCGGAAAAAGACAAAAAAGGGAAUGACCGCAAAGAAAAGAAGAAAGAGAAGAAAGGAAAGAUGAAAGGAAAAAAGGGGAAAGGAGAUCCAGAGGAGGAGGAGCAGGGAUGGAAGAUGACUCCUAGUAACUUCCUUCCUACGGUAGUCGAGGGAGCAAAACUGUACAAAGAAGUUUGGCAUAACCGUGAUGAGAAACAGAACUUCCUUCAGCGUUUUGAUCCUCAGUUGGUGCGAGAGGAGAAAAGAUUGGAGGUUGAAGAGGAGCUUAGAGUUCAGGUGGAUGAACUGAUGAGGCAGGAACUAAAGAACCUUAAGCUGGUCGUGGACAGAGAAAAGGGAAAGAAAAAGAAAAAAGGAAAGAAAAGCAGCAAAAAGAAAAAGAAGAAAGGAAGAAAGACUGGAAAAAAGAAGAAGAAAAAGGAGAAAGAUCUCACCGCUGAUAGGUCAAUAGAAUCCCUGUAUGAGGAGCUUGUACUAGAAGGCUUCAUAAUUAGACCGAUGAAUGUCAAGUUAUCAGACUACAUAGGUGAAUACAGUUACCUAGGGACAACCUUACGGCAAGCAGAUAUUGAGCCCAUGCCAUCACUUUCUGACAUCAGACAGCUCGUCGCACUUUAUGGCAUCCUGCCUCUGGGCUCUCAAUGUGUCCAUGAGAGAGGACCCCUGAUCCGCUCGCUGCUGCUUGCCGGCCCCGCAGGUGUGGGAAAGAAGAUGUUGGUCCAUGCCUUAUGCACCGAGACUGGGGCGAACCUAUUCAACCUUUCCCCUACAGCACUGGCUGGCAAAUAUCCGGGCAAGAGCGGACUGCAGUACCUUCUGCACAUGGUUUUCAAGGUGGCUCGGCAGCUGCAGCCCUCGGUCAUUUGGAUAGGAGACGCUGAGAAAACAUUUUACAAGAAGGUUCCAAAGCUGGAGAAAGAGAUGGAACCCAAAAGGCUGAAGAAAGUUCUACCAAAGGUCCUGAAAUCUAUUAAGCCAGAAGACCGUGUUUUGCUUGUGGGGACAACACACAGACCUUUUGAUGCAGAUAUCAAACCUUUUUGUAAAGUUUACAAGAAAAUCAUUUUGAUCCCUAGACCGGAUUAUGCAUCAAGACUUGCUCUCUGGAAGGAGCUGCUUCAUGCAAGAGGUGCUCAGCUGAGUCCCAAGCUGGACUUGAGCUCUUUAGCAAAGGUCACAGAUGGAUACACACAGGGUCAUAUCGUUCAGGCAAUCCAGACUGUCCUGAGCUCUCACCGCCUCAGCCAGCAGACCAAGAGACCCUUUACUGCUGUGGAGUUCAUCCCCCCUCUUGCACGGCAAGACCCUGUUUACAAAGAAGAGGAGGAGGCCUUUAAGGCUUGGUACAGCCGGUCACCUCUGGGCAAGAAACGGGCAAGAGCAGCCAGGGCCAGUGAAGAGGAGGCGAACCCGAAGAAAGGAAAGAAAAAAGGAGGGAAGAUACAGAAGAAAGGAAAGGAUGUAAAAGGCAAAAAGAAAAAGUGAAGGAGCGCCCCUUUUCAUGGAUUUCGUGCAAUUAAGAUUAAUGUUUACAUGGUUGUUUAAAAACAAGAAAAAUUGCUGCAGUUCAUCUUUUGGCCAGCAGAGAGCAUUAGAAGAUUUUCUAAUGUGAACUCCGAUGCUCUAUAUACUGUAUGUUCAUUACUAACAUUUUAAAUUAUCAUUUAUUUAGCACGCUUUUAUCCAACUAGAGAGAAUUUAACAUUUAGUUUAAUUUCACAGAAUUUAUGAUAAAUUUAUGUAUUUUAUAAAAUGUAAACUGCACCCCCCAAACCCAAACCAUUUCGUGCCCCCCAGUUUGAGAACAACUGAUGUAGUGGGAGUAAACUGGACAGGACAUGAAAUGUUAAUAAUCAUGUGUGUGUCUCUAUAAAUAUCAUGAUAGUCACGAGACAUGCAAAACCAAUGAGGGGGUCACUGUAUGCUCAUUAUGUGUUAAAACUUUAUCAACACAAAAAAAUUGUUGUUCAUUUUGAAACAUUAUGAUCUUCAGUGGUACUAUCUGCCAGAAGGGCUGCACUGCGACAUCCCUGCUCAGUGUCUCAAGCAACUGACCCACUUCUUUUCAGACUCCCACUUCUCAUGGGAGCAGAUGACUAUUUUAAAUUCCUUAAUUCUAUGUAAUGUCUUUACUGUCCAUCAUUGGUGACUCUGUCCUCGCCCUCUUUGCCUAGGUUAUUCCUGGGCCCUUCCUCUCUCCCCUUGAUUUGCUUUUGGUUCGACUUUUUCCCACUCUGCUGUUCUGAUCUUGCCCUUCCCCAUCCCCUCCUCCUCCUCACGGGGUUUAUGGGGCAUGACAAACACACUCACCUCAAUGUGCUCUUUGUAGCUUGAGCUCACAUCUAAUUGAAUUAUUCAGGAGUGCGUGUGUGAGUAUCUUCUAACCCGGAGAACAGCCCGUAAGCUGGGUGAUAUGUUAAAAGGAGUGUUUUUCCUUGACAUGCUAAUUUAAACGAGAGAAAUGUUGAUGUGCACUUGCUCGAGUGGAGUGUCUCAUAUUUGCACACCUAAUUAUUGAAAAUAAAAAGACGGUUUAUCAUUUCCUGCUGUAUCCUCGUACUGUUUUUAAUUAAAUGCCUAGUUUGACUGUG